AACUUACCUGAAGUCGGUAUUCCGGGUGGCGCCGAGACUCUGUGGAUAGCCCAGUGUUUUCACACGCGAGGAAAUGUUGAUUACCAUGACAGUAGUUGACUGACCAAUAUGACACCUUCAGUAAUAUGUCACCUACCUGGCAGAAUUAACUCGCCAUUAGAGUUGUUUAAGAUGAUUGGAUAUUUCUUUGGGUGUGUAUAAAAAGUCAUGGUUAACGGCCUGAAUUAGCAUUCUGAGAUUUGUCUCUCAAAGUUCACUACAUCGAAAUUAUACCUUACUUACAACUCUUUGCUUGACCAUGGAGAAGUCGGAUUCUAAAGCACUUCUUGUCCAGAAUGACGAACUGGAUAUCUUGACCACAGAAAAUCUAGACAACGACGACAUCGGAUUCUCGUCCGGGUAUGAAUCGAACCCAGAGUCUUCACCGGAAGUAGGUGAUUCAAGCUACCAAGAACCAGACUACAGAGUUAGGGAUUCUGUGAAUUACAAUAGUACCAGCGCCCUCUGUGAUCGUCUCAAAUACAUCCUGUCCAUGCCAGAACUAUGUGACGUCACAUUCCUCGUUGGACCAACCAAAGUUCCGGUUUACGGCGUGAAAGCGAUUCUUGGAACUCGCAGCAGGGUUAUGUACCAGUUGAUCCUACAGAAACAGAAAGAGGAAGAAGAAAAUCGGUCGAAAAAAUCCCGGAAAUCCCGAUUCAGUUCUCGUCUCGUCAUUGACGUGAAGAAAUACGAGCCAGAGGAUUUUCGAAAAAUUGUCCAGUUCAUCCAUUGUGGAACAGUUGACGUCACUGUCAAAAAUGUCACAGGUUUACUUUGUGGAGCAAGUCAGUUUAAACUCAUGGAUCUUAAAGUGGCGUGCUGGGAUUUCAUCAAACGCUGUUUAAAGUCUGAAAACGGAUCUGUUGCUGCCAUCAGGAAAGGCGCUCAGCAGUAUAACCAUCACAAGACAGCUGGGAAACUCUUGUCUAAGAUUUCCAAUCACCUAGAACAAGACACCACAUCACCUACAAUGUCUUCUCCCGUGGAAUCCUCGCCAAGUUCAUCGCCACAAUCUCCGUCCCCCAAGCUGACGACAACAGUAUGAUGUGACAGAUGAUAUUAUUCUGUAUUUACUCCAAGUGCUGAUAACUAAAUUAAAGAUUACGAAUUUAUUUUGAUGGCGACUUCCGGUUUAGUGUUGACGGUUAACCGUGCUAUGGGACCCGUCACAGAGUGUUUACUCAAAGGGUACUCGAACAGAAAGAAAACAAAAUCCGUUACCUAAAAAGGUGCGUGUCUGUAGUAAAUUGAGCUGGUUAAUAUGAGCUGUCGUGUAGGGAGAAAACAAAUUAUAUGGACUGACAGUGAGAAAUAUUUGUUCCUUGGACCGGAAGUGAGAUAUAUUGGUGCGUGGACCGAAAGUGAGAAAAUGUGUGUUGUGUGUACCGGAAGUGAGAAAAUGUGUGUUGUGUGUACCGGAAGUGAGAGAAGAUGAUGUGCCGUAUGUGUAUCGUGGUACAGCUUGUAUGAUAUAUGUGUAUAUCUUUAUGUAUUAUUUGGUGCUAUGUUUUGUGCUUGUAAAUUAUUAAUACGACAUUUGUAUAUAUAAAACAUUGAAUCACA